CGGCUCUGACAGGUUGCAUUUUGGUGGAGUGAUUUAUCUGACUAACUAGACCGAGCAUCUGUAAAGCAACUUUAAAAUGUUUGUCUGCUCCAUGCUGAAAAUAUGGCUUCUGGCUUUACUGCUAACACCAUCAGAAUCGGCACAAAUUCUCGGACUUUUUGGACAUCCGGGCAAGAGUCACUUUGACUUUUUCCGGCCCAUGUUUUUGGCGUUGGCUCAAAAUGGUCACAACAUUAGCAUGUAUAGCUAUUUUCCCAAUAAGAUGCCAGUAACCAACUAUACGGACUAUGUGUUUGACGGCAUGCCAGUUUUAACGGAUAUAGUGGAUCUAAAGCCUCUGGAAUCGGAGCCCCAGUGGUUCGGCCUGCCCUUCAAAGUAUCCACCUUCUUCAUGCUGCACGACUGGGGUCUGCGUUCCUGCGAAGUGGCCCUACAUUCUCCACUAAUCGCUCAGCUGCUCAGCUCGGGAAUGCGCUAUGAUGUCAUCAUUCUGGAGCACUUCGCCAACGAUUGCAUGCAGGCGGUGGCGCACCUUCUGCGCGCACCUGUAAUUGCGCUGAGUAGCUGUGCCAUCAUGCCUUGGCAUUACAAACGCAUGGGCACACCAUUUCUGGAAGCUGUCACACCCAUGAACUUUUUACCCUACACCGAUGAGAUGGGUUUUGUGGAACGUGUGAACAACUUUCUGCAUUUCCACAUUGUCGCUCUGCUGCACAAUCUCAUCAGCCAACCCGCUACAGAUGCUCUGAUUGCGAAACGCUUUGGCGCUGGUCUGCCACCGAUUAAUGAAAUCGUCACGAACACAAGCCUCAUGCUUAUCAAUCAGCACUACGCUCUAACGGGCGCACGACCCUAUGCACCCAACGUGGUCGAAGUUGGAGGCCUUCAAAUAACUCCACAGAAACCACUGCCAGAGAACUUGGACGGUCUUCUGAAGCAAUCCAAGCAGGGCGUUAUCUAUAUCAGCUGGGGCUCUAUGGUUAAUCCGGCCACGUUGCCAGCAACGAAACGCCAGCAGCUAUUCGAGUGUAUUCGACACUUUGGCGCCUACAGCUUCGUGAUGCGCUGGUCAAACGAUUCCAUGCCUUCGGAUAAGCCAAGUAAUCUGCAUUUCUACGAUUGGCUGCCACAGCGCGACUUGCUCUGCCAUCCCCAGGUUAAGGCCUUCAUGACCCAUGGCGGCCUGCUGGGCAGCUCUGAGGCUGUGCACUGCGGCGUACCCAUGCUGGUAACGCCAUUCUAUGGCGAUCAGUUCCUCAAUGCUGGCGCCAUAGUCCAACGAAGGUUUGGCGUCACCGUAAACUUUGCCAACUUCGACAGCAGAAACUUAAUCCAGGCCUUACACACCAUACUGUCAGCUGAAUUUGCGGCGCAUGUUAAACACUCAACUGCCGCCUUUCGCCAACGCCCCCAACCGCCCCUGGAACUGGCGCUCUGGUGGAUCGAGCAUGUGAUAGACUCUGGAGGUGCGCCACUGGCCCAAAGCGUUGCCCGACAUAUCAAUUGGCUUAUUUACAACUCAUUAGAUGUCUAUUUGUUUUUGCUUUGCGUCAUCUUCCUGAUACUAUGGGCUCUCAGACUGCUGAUUAAGUUGGUCCAAAGCUUAGCAACUAGGCGUGUUUCCACAACAGAGGCAGACACGAAAGCAAAGAAACAAUAAAGAUAUGUUCGUUAAAAUAA